UGGGCCUGUGUAUUCGUAAAAGCCAGGUUCAUUCCUCCCAUGGGUGCCCAUUUCUGCACCAAAAUGGCUUGAAGGAUGCAUCCAGGCAUCUACCACCCUCCAUUUCCUUUCCCUGCCCGGACGGACCCCUAAAACUCUAGAAUGGUAGAAGCUGGGCAUAGGGACACCCUAGGCACGGCAGGGGCCCAGGAAACUGAGUUCCACUUUAUCUCAGUUGUACGUGUCUCUGUCAUCUGAUUACCAGGGAAGUCACGUCAUCCCUAGAGCGAUGUUACCCUGGAUCAAGACGACCUUGUUUGAUGUUGUCACCUCCCUGAGUCCCUGGACAGGACACACCAUGGAGAUCUGAGGGAACUAAGCCAGUGUCCAGCAGAGAAUUCAGAACUGCUCUUUGGGGACCUUGAGAGUAACAGCCUAGUGGUCUGUGCCAUAGGCUAGAAUGAAGAAACUAAACAACAUAUAGACCCAGAGCCCAUACAGACCUCACCCCAGCCUGCAGGCUCCUCUACAGGUGUUGGCCCAGCCCAUAAAGCAGGUGCUAGGGACUGGGGAAGAGCCACCUGCUGGGCGAGUCUGGGUGGAAUUGCAGGUGCUGGCUUAACCCCUUCCUAGCCCUGUUUGUCCCAACCAGCUGGUCCCACCUCCUUGCCUUCAGCAAGGUAAGGCCUACCCAGCUGAGCACACCAGCCCUCUGGAAAACAUCCUGAGCUCAUGCUGGGUGAAUAAUCAAGUCUGAGUUCAAAUCUACUCCCCACCCCCACUCCACCCCACCCCCAACAAGGUAGGGGCAAGUCCUCUUUGAACCUCAGUUCCCCCACUUGGAGAGAAGUUCCUGGAGCUAUCUUGAGGAUUAAAUGGUAAAAAGCGAUACCCACCCGUAUUGAAUUCAAGGAAGAAAACAGGCAGCUAGGUCCUGGUCAUGUGACCUAGGACUGGGACACUCAGCCUCUGACCCCUCAAGGCUGGGGCAGUUAGUUAGCCCACAAGGAUAUCCCUCCUUGAGAUGAGCCUUGGCUCCCAGACCGUGGUUGAGGGACCUCGCAAUUCUUCAUUCCGUGUCCCUCAUCUACCAAACACAGAGCCACCAACUCUCAAUUCCAGGACUGUAGCCAGCUCUGGGAGAGCUAGAGCCCAGGUGGAUCUGUGAACAGUUUGGGAGCCCAUCUUCUUCCUGGUUUCUGUCCCCACACCAUAGAUGUCUUUGCUUGGCUGGACCCAGAAGGGCAGUAGAGCUCCCAACCCUCCUGUGACUAGUGCAGAGUGGCCAGUGCACAAGGAGCCAUGGACAGCUUCAUGGAGUCACUGAACAGACUGAAGGAGGCCCAUGAGAAGGAGGUUCUGGGCCUGCAGAACAAGCUUCUAGACCUGAACUCAGAGCGGUGCCGGGAUGCACAGAGAAUAGAAGAGCUCUUUGCCAAAAACCACCAGCUCCGGGAGCAGCAGAAGGCACUGAAGGAGAACCUGAGGGUACUAGAGAACAGGCUGAGGGCUGGCCUGUGCGAUCGCUGCAUGGUCACCCAGGAGCUGGCCAGAAAGAAGCAGCUGGAACUGGAAAGUGCACACCUGCAGAGCCUGCAGCAUCUCUGCAUCCUCACCAAUGAGAUGAAUGGGCUGAGGGAGGAAAACAAGAUCCUGAAGGAAGAAAUGAAGCUGCUUCGGAGCCUGCGAGACAAGGCUGCACCCCAGGCCUGGGAUGGCUCCUCAGAGCCUGCAUCACCCAUGCCGCUCCCCUCACCUGGGAACCGGAAGGGUGCCCCCGAGAACCCCCCAGGAGACCUGGAGGAGGCGGAGGAAGAACAGUCAGGCACAGAUAAGGUAUCAAGCCACAAGACUUCCCCAGUGGCCAGAAUUUCCCCAGCUGCCAACCUGCCUGAGCCACGGGCCUUGGACAUGAGCCCUCAGUGCAUCUCCAACCAGCUGCACUCGACAGUAGCUGUGGUGCGGCCCGGCUCCCGGGCCUGCCCACCAGACAGUGGCACCGCCAACGGAACACCCCCGCCGCCAUCCACCAGAAGCAGCCCACCCAGCCCACCAUAUGAACAUGGCCUCCCUGUGGACAGCUUCCUGCGGGCCUCUCGGCCAUCAGCCCUAGCCUAUGAGACGCUGAAGCGCUCCCUUCAGACCGAUCGCCUCUGCCUCCUGAAUCGUCACCUGUCUCUGCGUCUGCAAAGCCCCCACAGGAGCCCCCCAGCUCCUGCAACAGCUGCCAAAAGCCCCCUGCCCCAGGGCCUGAAAACUAGAGAGGCAGAGGCAUGGGAGGAGCCUGGUGCCCUGAUGGGCAUACAGGACCCACGGCUGGAAGGAGCAUUGCACCUGCUGCUGGUUCAGCAGCAGCUGCGGGCACGGGCACGGGCAGGGGCAGGCAGUGCCAGGUUGAGGGUCCCAUCCACACAAGAAAAUAUGCCAUCUUCCCCACCAGCUGGUUCGGAUUCUGAGAGCUCUGAGAGUGAGGCCCCCAGGACAGCUUUGAGCACAGAGGCCCAGCCUGAUGGGUGGCAUCCGCAGUCCACAAGCCAAUGUAGCCCCCCAAGGAAGGAGAUACAUGUGACCACUCAGGAAUGUCCCCCAGACAAGCCUCUGGACCUCUCUGACCGGGGACGGUGUCGGGACAGCCUCAAAUCCACUAGCCAACCUUUGCCACUCAACACCACAGUUGCCCAUGCUCCCAGCCCCCAGCUGCCCACCUUGUCCAGACCUGUGAUUCACAGCCCCCAUACUCUCAACAAUGGCAACACACAGGCCAGAACUCAGGAGCCUGAGGAACACUCUACUCCCAAGGACACCUCACACCUUCUCCCAGGGACCCAUACCAGCCUGACCUCUCCUGGAAGGACAGCAGAGGAGGCUGGAGGAAAACCAAGACCAGUACCCCACUUGCAGAGACCUGCCACUGAUGGGACCACAGAGCCCAGCAAGGUCAGGGCACAGAGGCCAGAUCUGCAGCAACUGGAAGAGUCAGACACCAAGAUGGGACUGACCUCUGAGGCAAGCACAGAGUCAAGCAUGCCAGGAGAGAGACAGGCUGAGGGCCAUCAACAGGGUCCACAGCAGAAGAGGAAGCGGACCUCAGAUCUUCAGGACAAAGCCCCGAAGAAGCCAUCUCAAGGGAGAAGGAAGCCAAAGGAAUCUUCGAUACUAACAGACAGUCCCGGGAGCCCAAGGGACAUGGAGGACUUCAGCCUCUCCCCUAUUGACAGCGGUCAGGAGUCCUAACCCACCAGACUGAAGGAUGCUUUUGCCCAGAAGUGGCUUUCUGUCACAGACUUUUGUUUGCACAAGUCAAACCACCCGACCUGAAGACAGCUCGGAACAGUCAGUACACCGAGGCUCUUCUGACAUCCAGACGGUCUGUGAGGCACAUCUCCCUCCCAGGUCUCUGGGCGGCUUCACCCCCUCUCAACCCUGUAGGAAGAUGCAACACACGGAGGCGGGAAAGGGAAGACGGGAGCCUCAGUCCAGCCCCACCCCCUGCAACGCCCUCACCUCCGGGUGCAAUCAGAGGUUCCAGAGCUUGCAGAAGUCUCCAGGCCAGGAAGAAGCGGUCUCAGGCGCCCCCUUGUGGAGCAUGAGCAAAUGCAGCCAGCGAAGAGGAAACGGGGAAGGCAUUGUGACCUCGGGAGAGCGCAGAAUAUAAACAGUAAUAUGCGCAGCUGGCAGGGCUGAGGUCAGGGGCAUUGGCCCAUUUAGGCAGGCGACCCAGGAUUAACUGGAUCCAAGCGCAGGAAGACAAAGCAAAAGUAGCCCGUAUGUUCUGUAGAGGCCCUGCACACUGACAACCUGGUGCUGUAUCUGAGCUUAAGAAUCAGUCCUGAGCCACUGGAUCACUGGGAUAUUAAAGACACUCGGGGACCUGCGCGGAUGAAGCUUAGGAACUGCCACUUUCAGAACAAAGACAGGCACUGUGGGCAAAGGGUUUCUGAGUCAGGGCCCAGUGUGAGGAGAGAAGGAAGAGAGAAGGUGUCUUGGGGAGGUCAAGGAAGUGGCAUCUAAAACUCAGAUUUGGAUUUGGGGGGAUGAAUAGGAAGGUGCCAAGUAGGCAAAGUUCCUGACAUGCUUUUAUAAGUAUCUCGACGCCUGCUAAGAGGUCAGGGUGAAGGCCAAACAGAACUUGCUUGACCGUGACUGAGGAAGGCCUGAGCUGACCAAGCCAGGUAGAAGAGACCACAGCAUAAAAGGGUGCUGUGGAGUAAGAGUUUCAAUUGUAAGAGUCUGAAAUCUCUGGAACUGGAGAAGUUGUCACUAGGGCUAAGUGAGGCCUGGGCUUAAUGAGAGGUACCAUUCUCCACUGGGCAGACAGUGGCCUCUCUGCCUACCACCUGACAGAAGGACCGAAUUCCAGGGGAUAUCCAGGGGUGCGUGAGCACAUGCAUGUGUGCAUGCAUGUGUUGUUGUUGUUGUUGUUGCUUUUGCAGGUUCCUUGAGGUUUUUUUUUUUUUUUUUUCAAAAUUAA